AAUUGUGUUCAAGUAGAUUCAGGAAGUGAAGUGGGGGUGCCGCCGCGAUGCGAGGGAUCGUCAGUGCCGUCGACGUCGGUGUCGAAUCCCGUUAAGGAUGUCGAUGGGUCGACACAGAAACCGUCGUUGGUCGCCCCGACCCCUUCUGUGGCUGACCAAGUAGCUGCCCUCAACAACUCCUUACAUCAGAUCAAAGACUGGCUGGAAGUGGUGGACAAGAUGCUGCGUCAACAGCCCGUGACCGUGGGGAACGUGGAUGAGAUCGCCAUCCAGGCGGAAAAGCAAGAGCAAGUGGUGAGUCUUUUUCGGCGAUCGCGAGGAAACCGAGGCGUUUCCGGCGUCCAGUGCCAAGUGUCGCGUGCCGGGUCAGGUCGUCGGGUUGGGUUGGGUCGGGUCGAGUCGAGUCGAGCCGCCCCACGAGAAAGUCUCCAUAUUUAUUGUGUCGCUGCGGGGGAAAUGAAUGGACGCAUUGAUUCCGGGCGGGCGGUCGGUUGGUUGGCGUCCCUCGAGGGCCUGGCCUGGCCCACAGGGCCCUCCUUGGAACCCUGGCCUCCGAACUGA